UACUUAUAAUAAUAUGGCAUUAGCUUGUGAAUCACUUGCUGAUUUUUCAAAUGCAUUAAAAUUUCAUGAACAAGCACUUUCAAUCAAAAGAAAGACUCUUCCAUCUCAACAUCAAGAGUUCGGUACUACAUAUAAUAAUAUUGGUGAACUUCAACGAUUAAUGGGAUAUUUUUCUGUAGCGUUACAAAAUUUUGAAAAAGCAUUAAAUAUUCGUUUAAAAAAAUAUUCUACUAGUGAUGGACCAGUAGCUAUUGUUUAUAAUAAUAUGGGUCGACUUUAUUGGGAACUAGGAGAUUAUGCUCUGGCAACAUCAUAUUUACAAAAAUCACUUGAUAUUAAAUUAAACACAAAUUCAUCUAAUCAUCCAUGGUUAGCUUGUACUUAUAAUAAUAUCGGUGACGUUCAUCAAAAAAUGGGAGAAUAUACAGAUGCACUUUCUUAUUAUCAAAAAGCACUUGAAAUAUUGGAAAACGCAUUUUCAGAAAAUCAUCCUGAAAUAGCUGUAACAUAUACAAACAUGGGUCGGGCUCAUCGAUCUUUGGCUAAUUAUUCAACUGCUCUUUCAUACUAUCGAAAAGCAAUUGAAAUUCAACAAGAAACACUUCCUAGUAGUCAUCCAUCACUUGCAAUAUGUUAUAAUAAUCACGGUCAUGUAUAUCAAUUAAUGGGAAAAUAUCAAACUGCAUUGGAAUAUUAUCAAAAGGCACUUGGAAUUCAAGAAAAAUCUCUUCGUGAAGGUCAUCCAUCAUUGGCUGCGACUUAUAAUAAUCUUGGAGAUGUUGAAAGACAAUUAGGAAAUACUACUAAAGCACUUACAUAUUAUGAACAAUCACUUGAUAUUAAAAAGAAUUCUCUUCCAUCUUAUCAUCCAACAUUGGCUAUCGCAUAUAAUAACAUUGGUGUUAUCUAUCAAUCACUAAACAAUUACUCAACUGCACUUGAAUAUUAUCAAAAAACAGUGGAAAUUCAACAGACAACUCUUCCAUCUCAUCAUCCUGAUUUAGCUGUUUUCUACAUUAAUCUAGGAGCUAAUUAUCAGUCAAUGAAAAAAUAUGACACUGCACUUGAAUAUUUUGAAAAAGCAUUAGAAAUUCAAAAGAAAAGUCUUCCAGUUUCUCAUCCUGAUAUUGCUGUUACGCAUACUAGUAUAGCAACGAUAUACGUACAUCAAGGAGAUUAUAGAUCAGCUUUAAAACAUGAACAAAGUGCUGUUGAUAUUGCUCGUAAAACUUUUGAACCCGAUCAUCCUAAUGUCCUAAUAUUUCAAAGAUAUUGUACAGCUACUAAUGCUGAGAGAUUACAAAAAACAAAUGACCCGAAACACGUAAGUUUUGAUCCAUGUAUUCGUACAACGCGUGGUGCUAAACAAGCAUUGUUUAUCAGUGCAGCUGGUGCUGCAAUUGUUAUAGUUUUCUCAUGCAUUAUUGGAGUUAUCCUUUAUGCAUAUUAUGCUGAUUGUGAUCCAUAUACAGCUAGAUAUGUUAUGGAUGUAUUAAGUGAUAAAAAAGGUUUACCAGAAAUAUUUCUUGCUUAUAUUUUUUCUGGUUCAUUAUCCACAAUAUCAUCUGGAUUAAAUAGUCUUGCAGCUGUUGUUAUUGAAGAUGUUUAUAAAGGAACUGUAGUUAUGUUAUUAACAUAUCUUGUUAGUUAUCUUGGAUCAAUAUUGAAUGCUGCAUUAUCAUUAUUUGGAGUUUUAUCAGGUCUAAUAAUGGGUGCUUUUUUUCUUGGUUUUUUUGUUCCUCAAGCAAAUAAACAUGGUGGUUUUUAUGGAUUUUUAGCAAGUCUUUUUCUACAAAUUUGGCUGUUUUUGGGUGCACAAAUAACAAAAAAACAAAUGAAAAGUGAACGUUUACCAUUAUCAGUUGCUAAUUGUCCUAUUCCAAUAAAUAUUACAAAUAUAAUAACAACUCCAAUAAAGCGUAACCCAUUGAUUGAUUUUUAUUCAGUUAGUUAUAUGUGGUAUACACCAAUAGCUGUAGGUACUGUUUUAGUUGUUGGAAUUAUUGUAUCUUAUUUAACUCAUCCACUUAAACCAAAUGAAGUCGAUCCGAAAUUAUUAAUACCUAUUAGUGAUGUAUUUUGCUGUUGUUUACCUAAACGUAUACGUGAUUGGCUUCGAUGUGGUGUAGACAAAGUUGUUGAUUCAGAUAAAAAAGUUGAUAAUGAGAUUGAAUUAGUAGCACCAGAAGGUUAUGGUACACUUCAUACUACUGCAAGUGCACAAACUCUUGCUACAAAUGCAAUACCUCUGGAUUCGUCGGAUGUUGUAAUAAUGAGAACAGUCGAUGGUGCUUAUGAUAAUCCAGUAAUAACAAUAAAAGACUAA